GUGGUCUCCAAAUGUUUGUAAUCACACACCCCUAUUGGAAAAAGUUUUUUGAGCAUGCACCCCCAAUAUGUGUAUAUUUACUUACAAAUUAUAUACAUGUACUACUGAAGUUGUAAUUUUCUUCCCCCACCACAGUGGAUUCUCUUGCACACACCCCACUUUGGAGACUACUCAUCUAGGCUGUGUAACUCUAAUCCCCUAAUUCCACUCAUUCUGUCAAGUUUUAUUUUCAAACUGUUUUGGCUUAAUACAAUUUAUAGCCAGUUCAUACACCAAUCAUUGAUUUGGCCCACUACAUGUUAACAAACAGUGAGGAAGACAGAAUUUGAGUAAUUUGUGUAUAGAAAACCUGGAAAGAUAGCUGUCAAGAAAAGCAACAAACUUUUCUACUAUUUGUGCUGUAGAAAAUGUGUUAGGAAAAUUUCACAGAAUAGGCUUGCUUUUAUUAACACACUUUUAAGUGAUCAUCUGUGUCAAGGUCGUGUGUUGCUGAAGUUGCCCUCUUUUCUAAAUAAACUGAAGGAGUAGUUGCUUUUGGGUGUGCAAGGACUCAGUGUGAUUGUGCACCUCCUCUGUUGGCUGUCCUGAAGUUAACAGGACACUAAUCCUCAUUGGAAAUCUGCAUCAGUUAAAAAGAUUUAAACCUGCAGUUACAUGGUUAUGUAGCUAUCGGGUAUGUGUGGAGAAAUAGGACUGAAUUUAGUCUAUAUAGGUAGGUUUGUGGCUUGGUUGUGAUCUUGAUUGUGGUUUCACAGACCACAUACCCCUGUGUGUGCUGUUUAAAUUGAGUGGUGGUCCUGUGAUGUUUCACAAAAGCACUGCCAUGCAGCAUCAUGAUAGGGUAGUGUUACUAGCCAUCAUUUGUGGGGAUAUUGAGAUGCUAAUGAUCUGUCUGUGCUUUAUUUGCAGUUUUCAAGGUGUGGGACCAUGUAGCCCCUUAGGCUGCAAAUGCUGAUCAGAACUUCUGAAUGUAGCAAGUGCUGUGUAGGAUAGGUGUGUUCAUGGCUCUGUGAUGGUACAUUGAUCAGCUGUACAAAAACUUGGUAAUGGUUUUAUACAGAUUAGUUCUUCGGUAAACCAGAAUUAAAAAAGCGACAUUUCUUUUUCAUGUGUAUAUAGAAUUCUGCUAGAGAUAACAAGAAUGUUGUUAGGAAGAUGCGCUUCUGGAGGGGAUUGGUUGCAGUUCUUGGUGUUCAUCAAAAAUGCAGCUGUUUUCUUUGGGUUUUAUUGUCUGUUGUAAACUGGUAGGAGUUUACAGUAUGUUGGGUAGAUUUUUCUUGGAUCAUAUUUGUGAAAUGAGGAAACCCAACAAAAUACUUUUUCUAAUAAAGCCAACUGCAUGUUCAGCUAAAGGGCUGAAUAGUGAAGAAUAUGUAUUACCAUUAAGACUUUCUCUCAUUGGUGUUUUCAUGCAAUUUAUUUUCCUUCUCAUCAUUAUAUGCAGGUUUUCAAGUGUUUAGUGAACUUAACAAAUUUGUCUAAUUUGUGUUAGUAGUUUUAAUAUGCACAGGAGUACUGAUUGAACAAAGUUCUAUGUGGUCACUUUCCAUAAUGUUGAACCCUUACUGUAGUAUAGUCACAGAGUAUUUGGUUUGGUAAAGCAAAGACAUUUUAUUUUAUUUAAAAACCAGUGUCAGUAUUGCUGGAUGGGAUUUUCAAAGGUAGGCAUGCAGUGUGAGAACAAAGAUCCUGUUGAUGUUUGAGCGCGCUGAUUUUUACUUUCGGUUAGCUGGGAGUGUUUGAAACCUUGCCAUUGAGGAGAUGGAUAUGCAGUUUAGUUGCUAGAGGAGGUAACUGCUCUCUGUAAGUAGUACUAAUAGUGCAGUUAAAGCAGAAUGCUAAUCACUUAAUGCUAAUUGCUUAUUAAUUUGUUCUUACUAAUGUCCAUUUGCAUUUAAAUUUCAUGACAUCAUAAAAUGUCAUGUUAUUUGCUUAGCAUUAAAUUGCAAAAUCAAUCCUCAUGCUGGUGGUUGUACGCAACAGUGAGCAGAUGUGCUACUGAAUUGUGGGAGAAAUUAUUUUUCUUAAGAUGCAUAAUCACCUCAGGAAUGCUGAUGUUGUGGACAUUUGAGGUAGUUCUCUGUAGCCAUGAUUUGUUUUCCUGUUCUCCCAGAGAGGUGAUACUGAGGGAUCCUGACAGUGAUGCAUCCUCUGGUUCUGCUUCACCCUCUCUUGUCAGCUAAAACACAGGAGGGAGAUUGAAGAAAAGAUAUGAAUGAGGCUACGCAGUAUAGAGGACAGGGUACCCUCUGCUGCUCUAAAGUAUAAACCAGUUUCAGAAUCAGUGGAGUAUAGAAUAAUGUCAGGAAAGAGGUUACAGAAUCACAGGACAGCUGAGGUGGGAAGGGAGGUCUGGAGAUCACCUCAUCUACCAUCCUGCUGACACCAGGCUCAGCCAGAGCAGGCUGCUCAGGGCUCUGGUCCAGCUGGAUUCUGGGGAUCUCCAAGGAUGGAGACUCCAUAACCUUGCUGGAAAACCUGUACUGGUAUUUGAUUACCCUCAGAGUUGUCAUGGAUGAUGACGACGAUGAAUCCUGUCUCCUUGAUCUUAUUGGGGACCCACAGGCGCUGAAUUAUUUUCUUCAUGGACCUAGUAGUAAAUCUAGCAAUGAAGACUUGACUAAUGCAGAAUAUUCUGUAGCCAACUCGAAUUCAAUUUUCGCCAACUCCAAUAACACUGAUCCUAAGUCGUCUGUAAAAGGUGUAAGCGGUCAGCUUGGAGAGGGGCCUAGUGAUGGACUGCAGCUGUCCAGUAGCCUUCAGUUUCUUGAAGAUGAACUUGUAUCUUCUCCUUUACCUGAUCUUACUGAGGAUCAGCCUUUUGAUAUUCUUCAGAAGUCCUUGCAGGAGGCCAAUAUUACUGAACAGACUUUGGCAGAAGAGGCGUAUUUGGAUGCCAGUGUAGGUUCUAGCCAACAGUUUGCACAAGCUCAGCUUCAUCCUUCUUCAUCAGCAUCCUUUACUCAGGCUUCUAAUGUUUCUAAUUACUCAGGUCAGACGUUGCAACCUAUAGGAGUCACUCAAGUGGUACAGCAACCUGUUGGAGCAUCUUUUGCAAGCAAUACAGUCGGUGUGCAACAUGGCUUUAUGCAACAUGUCGGAAUUAGUGUUCCCAGCCAGCAUUUGUCUAAUAGCAGCCAGAUUAGUGGUUCUGGGCAGAUACAGCUAAUUGGUUCAUUUAGUAAUCAACCUUCCAUGAUGACCAUUAAUAACCUUGAUGGAUCUCAGAUAAUACUGAAAGGCAAUGGUCAACAAACGCCUGCAAACAUGAGUAGUGGCCUCUUGGUUCAUAGACAAACUCCAAAUGGUAACUCACUGUUUGGUAACUCAAAUUCAAGUCCAGUAGCACAACCUGUAACAGUUCCAUUUAACAGCACAAAUUUUCAGACGUCGUUGCCUGUCCAUAAUAUCAUCAUUCAAAGGGGUUUGGCACCGAACUCUAACAAAGUUCCUGUUAAUAUCCAACCAAAGCCUAUCCAGAUGGGUCAGCAGACUGCUUACAAUGUGAAUAACUUGGGAAUACAGCAACAUCACGUACAGCAAGGGAUUCCGUUUGCUUCUGCAAACUCACCUCAGAGUUCAGUAGUUGGUCCUCAUAUGUCUGUUAAUAUUGUUAAUCAACAAAAUACAAGAAAAUCAGUUACACCUCAGACAGUUAGCAAUGCCGGAGGUAGUAUUGUUAUCCAUUCUCCUAUGGGACAGCCUCACACACCUCAAAACCAGUUUCUCAUACCUACAAGUUUGUCUGUUAAUUCUAAUUCAGUUCAUCAUGUCCAGGCCAUAAAUGGACAACUUCUUCAGACUCAGCCUUCCCAGCUGGUUCCUAGCCAAGUGUCUGCUGAGCAUGUAAUGCUCAACAGGAACUCUACAAACAUGCUGAGAGCCAACCAGUCAUAUUCAGGACAGAUGCUGAAUAAUCAGAACACAGCUGUUCAGCUUGUUUCUGGCCAGACAUUCACAGCUCCUGGAAACCAAGUUAUAGUAAAUCAUGGAACUUCACAAAUUGUUGGUGGACAGGUGCCACUGCAGCAGGCAUCACCAACGGUGGUGCAUUUGUCACCCAGUCAAGCUAAUGUUUCUCAAGGUAGAUCGAGUUUUACUACGAUGUCACCCGGGCAGUCUACAGUCUCAAAUAUGUCAGCUUCUAAUCGAUUUGCUGUUGCAAGUUCUUCUGGUUCAGUACAUCCUAGCUUGGGACCAUCAGUUCAGUCUGUCGCAUCAGGAGGAAACUUUACUGGAGAUCAACUCACGCAGAACAGAACUCAAGUUCCCGUCAGUUCGUCGCAUCGUCUUCCAGCAUCCUCUUCCAAAUCUGUCAGCACCUUUAGUCACACGUCAAUCGGAGUAACACAACAACAGUUUGCCUUCAGUCAGAAAAAAGCUGUGAGCCAGACAUCACCAGUUUCUGCAUCGAAGACGCAGGAUAGUUUGAGACAGCCUCAGCUAACAAGUCUUCUGAGCAACACACUAUCAGGACAGGACUCUGGAGGAAAAAUCAUACAACAAUCUCUAGGAACAGCACAGCCACAAGAAAAAGUAAUAGGAUCAUCAUCAGUUCAACAGAGUAUACAGGUGGAUGGUCAUUUAGUUGGACAGAAAAGGCCUGCUGCUAAACAGCUGACUAAAGGAGCUUUUAUUCUACAGCAAUUACAGAAGGAUCAAGUGCAUGCUGUGACACCAGAUAAAAGUCGGUUCAGAUCAUUAAAUGAUGCAGUUCAGAGACUCCUUUCAUACCAUGUGUGCCAGGGAUCGCUGCCAACAGAGGAAGACUUAAGAAAAGUGGACAGUGAAUUUGAAUCUGUAGCUACACAGCUUCUGAAGAGGACACAGUCUAUGCUGAACAAAUACAGAUGUUUGCUUAUAGAAGAUGCAAUGCGGAUAAAUCCCUCUGCAGAAAUGGUUAUGAUCGAUAGGAUGUUUAACCAGGAGGAAAGGGCAUCUCUGACCCGGGACAAGCGUCUUGCACUAGUGGAUCCUGAUGGUUAUCAGGCCGAUUUUUGUUGUUCUGCCAAACAAUUUGAUAAAACAGCUGAAGAAGCACAGUCCAGCAAAAGCGACCAUCAGUCUAGCAAAACAUUAGCUUCUCGAAGUCAGACUACUAAAACCCAAGCCAGAGACCGACCAAAAUCCAGUUCAACAGAGUCCACAAAUCACAGUAAACAUCCUCUAGUGCCUAACAAUGUUCUGACACCACAAGAAGGAAUAGCUUCUACUAAAAAAUCUGAGAGCCUCACUAAAGCUUUAAAGUUUGAGAAAGCUAAUUGUUCUUCUGAGAGCCAAUACACGGCCCUUUGUGAAGAAAAGAUGGCAGGGAAAGAUCUUGCCAAGUCCACUGAGAAUUCUUCGAGUUCUGAAGACUUGUCAAAAACUGUGUCAAGAGGCAGUCAUGGAACACACAAUAAAAUAUCAAGGAACACAGUUCAGUCUUUCUCAAAGGUAACGUGUAAUAAUUCCCUCCAAGACAAAACUCUGAGGAGCUCUCCAAAGAAUGAGGUUUUACAUCCUGAUAACAGGAAAGGCUCUGGUGAACCCCAGCAAGACUUACUGCUCAGUAAGAGUUUAGAAACAACAUUUAAAAACAUCUUGGAACUUAAAAAAGCUGGGAGGCAGCCACAAAAUGAGGCAACAAGUAGCGGCUCAGUUGAAUUAGAAUUUCCUAAUUUUUCACCUAUUGCUUCACAGGAAAACUGCCUGGAAAAAUUUAUUCCAGACCACAGUGAAGGUGUUGUAGAAACUGACUCUAUUUUAGAAGCAGCUGUAAAUAGUAUCUUAGAGUGUUAAUAGUUACAGUACCAUGGACAAGUUAUGUUUCUCUUAGCAGAAGCAAAUGUGAAUGACACCACAAGUACAGCCUGACAUGCAUUUAAGGUUAACCUUUCUAAAGUAGAUUCUGUUCUGUGUUUGAGAGCAAUACUCAUUGUGGUUACAGUGAGAUAUCCAAGUAAAGUUAAUCCUUGUUAGAAUGCAGUCUGUUAGGGCCUUACUAUUUCAAGUAUUAUUACGAUAGUGCUUUUGAUAAUUGUGCAGUACUGCGACAUAACGAGGUUGCAGGUUGUUAGGCCCUAUGUAAUACGGUAAUAUACUGACAAUCACAGUCAUUUGAAAGGAUAUAUUUAUUAAGAAAAUGUUUUUAAGAAGUGAUGGAAGCAACAAUUCUCCCCUACCCUUCUCUUCCACAAAUUAUCAGAUCUUUAGUUUUGCUCAAAAACCCACUGUACCUCUAUUCAGAAGUGAUUAUUUGCUUUGUUAAUGAAUCUGUGUUCUAGGAUUCUUAAGUUGGAAGGAUAUCAUCAGUGUGUUUACAAGGCUUCAUAAUUUAAACUUAAAGUGCUUUUCUAUUGCUUUCUGAGCAGAAACUAGUACUUGAUGGUAUAUUUGUAGUGGGUAACUUUAGUCUGUGGGAUGAUAUUAUAUGAUCUUAGUCACAGUGGCAUGAUAUGAAGUAAUAAAUGCUUGACUAAGGAAGGUAGAAUGGAAGCCAGUAAAUGGCAACGUGUACAGGAUGAGGCCAUGAUAGAGCCAUGAAUUUAUAUAUAUAAUACAUAUAUAUGUUAACUCUUGAGGAAGAGAUUUUGCAUUUUAUAAUUGGAUGUAGUCAGCCUUGAGUCUUUCUGAAGUGGUAUAAAUGUUUUUUUAUUUGUUUGUUUUUUGGGUUUUUUUUUUUUAGACCAAGUGUCAAAAGCACUUUUAUUUGAAAACUGUUAUAAUAUUUGUAGCUUAUAUUUUAAGAGGACAUUAGCCUUACUCUGAUUAAAUUUAAAGGCCAGUGUUUAUUUUUUAUUUUUGUUUUUGCUUUUCGCUGUCAGAGAAUGUUAAAUCAUCCACCGUUGCAGUCAUAAUUAUCAAGAUAUGUACAGACCAAAGUCAAUCAGCAAUCCCAUUGUUUAAACAUAUCAAAAAGUAUGUAAUUAUAAUUCAUAUUGUAGAGCCAAGUGAAACCAUUGCAUGGUUUGUAUUUGGCUUGCUGUCAUGUUGUUAAGAUAGAAUCUUAUUAUUUUAUUUAUUUAUUUUAUUCUAUGACUUUUUUUUUUCCUGCCCAUGCUGCUUUUUCCUAGUUUACUUUGGUCAUGAGUGCUUUUGUGCACGUAAGUGCGCUGACAUUUGUCACGUGCGUGUAGUACAUAUGUCUGCUCAGGAGGAUAUAGCUUUUGUGGUUUCUAAGGUAUGCUCAUGUUCUCCCCCAGACCUUCUCCACGAUUUCUUAGAAGAAUUACCAGCCAUUUUCCAGACUUGCUGAUUAUGGUUUUCAUAACAGAGAGGCUCAUUGUGACAAGCUGUGGUUGUCAGUCACAUUGCCAGGAAAGAAAACAAAAGGUUUUGCUGUCAUCUGAAUAGCGCAAAAGAAAGCAGAAUUAGAUCCUUGUGUAGAAGAUUAUGGUACAACUCAGUAUUGAGCUACAGUCCACUGUCUGACCAGUAAAGGAAACCAAAUCUAGAAAGCAAUGUGAGAAAGGUGAACUUCCUUAAAAUUCAUUUCUCCUUCAACAUGAAUGGAAAUACUGGUUUUGUAUGUUGCUAAUUGCCAUUUAAAAAAAUUGUGCCAAUUUUAAAGUACAUGUUUGUAAAAACCCAACAUUCCCAAGUGUUGUAUAAAAUAUUCAAGGUAAUAAUAAGUAUUGCCAGUUUUAAAUUUUUAGUUAGGUGUCCAUAGAAUAGACUCUCAGGUGGUUAGUUGUUUUCUUAUUGGCAAAACUGACAAUAUAGUCUUCACCUUUUGCCUUUUUAGAUUUAAUAAUAUGCUCAUGGCUGUGUAUCCUGAUGCGUAUUUUAUCAUUUUGGAAAGUUAACUGUUCUAAACUAUCUAGGAAGGAAAACAGUAAGCUACACAGCUGUAUGUUAACUAGUUAAUUAAUUUUUUUUAAUAGGGAAAAAAGUAAAGUUGCACAUUCAUUGAUCCACUUGUUUUUUGUACCACCUCAAAAUGGGUAUGGGGUUUCCAGCCUCUCUACAGCAAAUCUGUAAUUGAAGUAUCAGGCUAUGUGUCUUCUAUUGGAUCUCAUUUGGGGAUGGGGGACCAUGGCAUAUAAAAAAUGACAAAUUACAAAAAGUAAUCAUGGUUGAUUUGGUCAGACACAUUUCUCUGAACUACUUAUGAGAGGAACCCAUUGAACAAUCCUAGCAAGAUAAAUCUUAGAUUGUUAAUGUUGUGUUGUUCACUCCUUUGAAUUCAAUUCUAAAGGAAUUCUGGUACGUGGUAAAGCGGUAAAUGAAAGAAUUGUAUUUUUGUUGUGCUUAAAAAAAAGGUAUGAAUUUAUUAAUGAUAUGGGCUCAAGUCCAGCAAAGUAUUGUGAAUGUGCAUGACUUUAAACAUGUUUUCAUUAUUUUGCUGGAUCAGCAUUGUGAUUUCAAUGUUAUUUAAUACUGCCUAAUAUUAAAACAAAUUUUAAACUGGCAAUUAAGAAAACUAUGUUCGUUUUGAAGAUUUUAGUAUAAUUUAUCUGUUAGAUUAGGGAGGCCUUACAGACUGACUUCACUUAAAGAGGAUGUGUCACUUAUUGUCAGUGUGGUAUGGACUUUAUUUGCUUAAAUACCUUCAUUUGUAAAGUAUGUCUCACUUGAAAUUGCUUUGUAUACAUUUUGUAAAAAUAUUUAUAAAAUGUUUUGUAAAAAAAAAAAGUAUAAAAAAUUGCAGUUUAUUUUGUUAUGUUGGAUAAAUACUGUUAAAAGACACAAGUCAGUAAAUAUAUUGUUAAUCCAUGGAUAGGAAAUGUUUAGUUGGAGAUUACAAAUUGAAACAACCAUUGCAAUACAGCCAAAGAUUUGGGAAAAAACGUCUAUCUGUGAUUGUCUUGAUUUAACCAGGUUGAAUAUUUACAUUUCCAAAAGAUGAUUGUUCUCAGUUUAAAGUAAUAUGGUUGCAAA